CCAAGAUACGGAGAGGGUGAAUCCGCUUCCUGGGGCUGGGGUUUUUAACUCAGCGUUUGGUUACAGAUUCAUCAUCUCCAAAAACCCAGACACUGUUAAAUUACUCAGGUCAUCUUCUGAAUUGUCCUCUUUUUGUCAGAAGAUUGGAAACAAUGGCCGCUAUCCGUAAGAAGCUGGUGGUUGUGGGAGACGGUGCGUGUGGCAAAACCUGCCUGCUGAUUGUAUUCAGUAAAGACGAGUUCCCCGAGGUGUACGUGCCCACCGUGUUCGAGAACUACGUGGCCGACAUCGAAGUGGACGGCAAGCAAGUGGAGCUGGCCCUUUGGGAUACGGCCGGUCAGGAAGAUUACGACCGACUUCGUCCGCUGUCCUACCCGGACACCGAUGUGAUACUGAUGUGCUUUUCCGUGGACAGUCCGGAUUCGCUGGAAAACAUUCCCGAGAAGUGGGUGCCGGAGGUGAAGCACUUCUGUCCAAAUGUGCCAAUUAUUUUAGUUGCCAACAAGAAGGACUUGCGGAAUGACGAGAACAUCAGAAACGAACUGGCCAGAAUGAAGCAGGAACCGGUGAGAAGCGAGGAUGGGAGAGCCAUGGCUGUGCGUAUCGGCGCAUACGACUACCUGGAGUGCUCAGCCAAAACCAAGGAUGGAGUGCGGGAGGUGUUCGAGACGGCCACCCGCGCAGCUUUACAGAAGAUAUCCAGGUCGUCUGGGGGCUGUGUGAAUUGCUGUACCUUGCUGUAAACUGAAUGGGUGGAACUACUCCAAUGCGAGAGGUGAAAUCGCAAAAAAAAUCGUCCAUCUGUGCCAAAAGGGUGCAGAGACCUCCCCGACACCGGCCUUUAAGCUCGUCUGUAAAACGCGGUGCGCUUCGCAUAGGACGUUAGAAGGGUUUGUAGACCUCUGUCUGCUGUUUGAUGGACCUCUGUCGUGGGACCGUGCUGGGGAAGUUUUGUUGACCGUACUGAGAGUAUCUGGGACGAAAUGUAUCAUGUUACUCGGCGGUACAUUUUGAAGAUAAAUCCUGCUGCAAUUACUACCUAGCUAGCUAGUAAAACGAAAGACUGAUGCAACUGGGAAAUAAUUUGGAAGGACAAUUUAGCAGUAAAGAGACACUUUACCUGAACAUGCUUCAGAUUCUGACGCUUCCUGUACGUCGUGAGUGAACGGAACAGCCGUGGAACAGAACGGAGCAUGGUGAAAUAAAUGGGAACAUUUUAAAAGGGUGUGGGGGUUGGGUAAUAGCGCAGACUGGUCUGGCGACAAAUGCUUCAGCCACCUUGCUUCUAUAAACGGGUUGAUCAAUAAAAACGUGCCUGCUUUGUCUCCGUUUGCAGAGUUUUGUGUACAGUACAGUAUUAUGGAACUCCAGCUUUUGCCCUGUUGGCUAACCACUUCUUCCGUGUCUUUAUGUUGCACAAUAACCCGGUGCUAAUAUGCAGACAAACCUCUACAUCAGCGUCCAAACGCAGCGUCCCG